GCGUCGUAUUAUUCACUAUUGUGUUUUUCGCGCUGCACUGAUCAACCUCACUCACUGCUUCCAUUUUCCAUUUCCAUGGCUUCCCUCAAAAACCUUCUCUCACGACGCCCUUUCCACCAACUCACAAACCCCAAAACCCGAACUUCUCUCAACUCCAAUUUCUCACUCAGACCCAUCUCAACCGCGCCCCAAACCCAACCCCCAAAUUCCCAAACCGAGCAAACCAAAAAACCCCUGAGCACUUUCUUCUCCGAAGUAAUGUCAGGAAAAACCACAACAAUAGAAGAAAACGGUGACGGCGACAUCGAAUUGAAGAAGAAACUGAAGCAGUUAACUGAAGAAGUUAGAAUCUUGAAGGAGAAAAAAACAAAAAAGGUUCCAAUUUUAACAAAAGAGGUUCCGAAGAAAAUUGAAAAAAAGAGCUUGUUUUCUGUGUUUACCAGUCAACCUCUUCCUGAGGGUGUAAUAAGUACAACAAAGGAGGUGGUAGAGAAGAAGCAGAAGCCGAGGGAGCCUUUUGUUGUUAAGGAGCUUUCAAUUGAUAUGGUGGUGUUUUUGAAGUUUUUGUACGAAAAUGGGUAUUUUAAAGAUGCUAAAUUUGCUAAUGUUCAUGAAAGAUUUGAUCUUGGUUGGUUUGAGAAUCCUUAUGCUCUGGGGUAUGCCAAGUUUGCAGCUCAGAAAUUUGCAAGUGAUAAUCAUGAAAUGGCCAAAUGGCUAUCAGGAAGUGCGUUAAAGCAAGUGGUAGUGUUUGGCUGCCCCUCCACCGGCAAGAGUUGUGUCUUCCCUGCAAAAAGACUGCGGAAAUUUUUCGAGGUUCCAGAAAAUACAGUUUGUGGUAAAUGCAUGCUGCGAGAAUCAUGCAAGUUUGCAAAUCAAAAUGUGUGGAAGUGUGAUGCCAAUAAAUUGGAUUUGGAGUUAGUUAUGAAGGUUGUUGUUUCAUAUGCUUUACACUUGGUGCAUCCUCAGCUGGUAGUGUCUGAUGAAGUGAACAAGUCAAUAAAUCAUUUACUGAAUGAGUUUGUGAAACUCAGUAAAAUCACCUGAAACUGCUUCUGGUUAACAAGAGAAUGACUUGUAUUGUUUGAACUGUUUCUCGAGCAUCGUUGGGAAACUGAGACAAUUGUCAUAUGAGGUGAGUUUCCAGACCUAGAAUUGUUUUUCCCUUGCAAACAAAUUUUGAAGAUUCUUUUUCUUGCUACACAAGUCUAAGUUUUUCAAGGAUGCUGAUCAACUCGAAAAGAAUGAAUUUGUCUGGAAGAUCUCUAUCUUAUGAAAUUCUGAUCUGAGUGACAAGGUUUUCUUUGGAUUAAUUGCUGUAAGAAAUCGACUCGGAUCAUCUUUACAUGCUGGGCGGUUUUCUGGCAGUUGAAGGCUGCUGAAAGGGGAUUUUAGUUCAAAUAAUGAUUCAUAGAAAACAUCAAUAUAAUCAUUCAGCUGCAGUGUGAAGUAUGAAUCUGACAAAAUCAUUCUGUUGCUGAGUAGUAUUUGUGAUGUUUCUCAUUAUUCAAUUAUUAUUAAUAAAUUGGUUCAUUUACAAUAAAACUUUUUUUUUCUUUCUGAAUUUGUGUAAUUCACCGAGACAGCAAGAUAUGUAAACAUGAAGAUAUUGAGAAACACGAUGCUGAGAAAUAUUCAAAACUUAUCAAAAAGCUAGGGUAUAUGCUCAUAAUAAACUAAUACAAACCAGCAUUGUCAGCGGAAGGCGAAAGAUCCAAAAAUAUAAAUGCACCAGUGCUGCUUAUUUAUGCCACUGCCAUGGUGGGCAUCCCUUCGAAAAACCACCUAAGGUAGUUGUAGAAAAAUCUAUCAUGUCAUUCUGCCAAGGAUAGAGGAGAAUUAACAGGAAUCCUGUGAGGGAGCUAAACCACCCCAAUCUGUGUGUAUGUCG